UUGACAUCACAGGCAUUGUUAUUGGUUGAAUUUUUGACUGGCAUUUACACCACCCAAUUGUAGAUAGACGCAGUCCGGAAGUUAGACAUUCCGAAAAAAUCGAUGGCCUCUUACAGUCUGGCGAGUACAUUUUCUUAACAUUCAUGUGGAUAAACUGAGUUGGUGUCAAUAUGUUUGCUCUAGUGGAUGCUGGAGUACUAGAGACUAUGUCCGUCAUCUUGAGUUUAUUCAAACACCAGUACAUAGAGAGAACCAUGACAAAUUAACAUUAUUAUUUUAAAGGGAUAUGAAACCUAAAAUGUUAUCGUUUGUGAUACAGACAGAGCACACAAUUUCAAACAAAUUUCCAGUUUACUUCUAUUAGCACAUUUUGCUUUGUUCCCAUGGUAUUCUUUGUUGAAGAGAUACAUAGGUAGGUGUUUGUAGCAGUGCAUGCCAGGAAAUAGUGCUUCCAUUUAGUUCUUUUAUAAAUGAAUAACAUUCUUGCUAAAACUGCUGCCAUAUAGUGCUCUAGACGUGCAUGCUCCUGAGCUUACGUCCCUGCUUUCAACAAAAGAUACCAAAGGAACAAAGGCAAGUAAUAGAUAAUAGAAGUUUAUAGUUUUUUUUUGUGUGUGUGUCUUGUCUACUGAGGUGUAAAAAAUAUCUAAUUCAUAGUUAAAGGGACAUUAAACCCAACAUAUUUUUUAUUAUUCCUUCUCAUGAUAUUCUUUGUUGAAGGGAUACCUAGGUAGGUAGCGUGCACAUGCCUGAAGCACUACAUGACAGGAGACAGUGCAGCCGUCUAGUGCUCCUGCAAAUGUAUAACAUUGUUGCAAAACUGCUGCCAUAUAGUGCUGCAGGCAUGUGCACACUGCUGAACUUACAUCCUUGCCAUUUAACAGAAGUAAAUUGUAAAGUUGUUUAUGCGUGCGCCAUCUGAAUCAUGAAAGGGAAAAAAAAUGGGUCUUAUGUCCCUUUAAGACAAAGAUGGUCAAGAUUAUAUUGGUACAUAGCACAACUGGGCUAAAAGAGGCUGCUUCUAGGUGGUAACUCGCCAUAGAACAAGCUACUGAGCUGUUGUUCGUUCCUGGUAGAGCGCUUCUCUCUUCCUAUGCAAAUUUUUAUCACCCUGAGGAGGUCUCCCUAAGAGUGAUUGGGGGGGGGGGGCCAGACGUGGACUCCUUGCUCAGUGUGCUUACGGGAAUGUGGCUGCACCUCACUGACGAGGCCCAUAGAACGGCGAAAAGAUAGUCUGGGGUUGUCAUGUUCGUCGUUCAGAGGAGAAUUUCGUGACUGGACUGACCUUGGCAGCAUCAGACUGAUGUACUUCAGGAAAGUUUUCCUCUGUGAAAAGCACAACUGGGCUAAAAGAGGCUGCUCAUGGGUGGUAACUCGUCAUAGAACAAGCUGAUGAGCUGUUGUUCGUUCCUAGUAGCGCGCUUCCCUCUUCAUAUGCAGUAUAUUGCUACAUAGUCUGAUCCUAAAAUAAUUGCCAUAUUGUUAUACAAAGCAGCAUCCAUGUUUGAUUUCUCCUUUUUUUGUUUCUUGCUGUCAGAUUUUGCAAAAAAGUAAAUUAGAAUACUGUUAAAAAUUGCAUGAUCUAUCUGAAUCAUGAAAUAAAAACGUUGGGUUUCAUGUUCCUUUUAAAUAGAAAAAAAAUGAAGGAAUAAACCUACUUCUGCCACUGGCAGCAGCAUUACAUCAUCCGAAUAACUGUCUGCAGUGUGCUGUAUGACCCAUGCCGGAAAUAAUGCUGCAGCAAGUUGUCUGAGAGUGUUGCUGUACAACUAUGGUGGCCCAGAUCUUGCUGAUAUAGAGGGUGCAGUGUAGCAAAAAUGUACUGUUCUGUCAACAUAGGGCAGUUUAAUAUUUGACUAUCAUUGUUAGUAAAAAGGACAGUGGGGAACAACUAGCUGACAUUACAUCAUGUUUGCAUGUAGCUGGAACCUUAUGAUGAUGAUAAAAUAUAUUUGUUCCAUUACUGCAGUUGUGUUAUUUUCAAGUAUCUUUAAUAGCCUUAAUUUAAAUAAACUAAAGGUAAUUAGAGCUUUCCUUUUUAUAAGUACGAUUUAAUAUCUGAUAACAAUAGUAUACUAAAAGUAAGGGUGUGCAUUCAGAUGAUGCCAAAUCAAAUCCAGACCUUAGUGUGUACUUUUACAAGAAUAAAUGUGGCUUUGAAAAGAGCCGAAUAGCACGAGCAGCCACCUUCUUCUGCAUUCAUAUGCUACUGAAGCAUCUGAAUGCACAACUCUAAGUGAAACUGAAAAUUAUGCAUACGACAUAGAUUCCCUUAUGGUGAGCUGUUUGGGGCAUGUUUUUAUUUUUUUUGCAAGGAUUAAAGGCAAACAUACAUUUUGUGCAUUUGUUUAGAAUUCUUGUUUUGUUUGUUUUUAACUGGGAAGUCAUGGGCAAUAAAGACUAGCAAAAGCUUUACCAGCUAAAACAUUAGUUUGAAUGUCAGCACACUCUGAAGGAUUAUUUUGUAUCUUGUACAAGAGCUGCUGAUAAAUUGUUCUUUAGUCUGGUCUGCCUGAGCACAACAUCCCAUAGGCUUCUGAUUUAUUCUACUGACUUUAACCCUUUAAUGACUGGGUUAAUUUGUCUACAUCGGAACAACACUCUCUGUUUGCGAGAUUUCAACAUUCUCUGAUCGCAAGAUUUCAAUGAUGGGAUCAGGUAAGGGGGCGUCCCUAUGAUGCUAGGCACGCCCUCCAAGCCGCAAUCCCAUUCACAAAGCCUUGUUGGCUUCAAUACAGCCAAACAGCUAAGAUGUUCCAUGCUGUCUUAAUGACGCAAAGGGACAGUCAACACCAGAAUUUUUGUUGUUUAAGAAGAAAGAUAAUCCCUUUAUUAUCCAUUCCCCAGUUUUGCAUAACCAACACAGUUAUAAUAAUACAGGCUUUACCUCUGUAAUUAUCUUGUAUCUAAGCUUCUGCUGACUGCCCCCUUAUUUCAGUUCUUUUGACAGACAUGCAGUUUAGCCAAUCAGUGCUCACUCCUAGGUCACUUUACUGCAUGAGCUCAAUGUUAUCUAUAUGAAACAUGUGAACUAAUGCCCUCUAGUGGUCAAAAUGUAUUCAGAUUAGAGGCAGUCUUCAAGGUCUAAGAAAUUAGCAUAUGAACCUCCUAGUUUUAGCUUUCAACUAAGAAUACCAAGAUAACAAAGCAAAAUUGGUGAUAAAAGUAAAUUGGGAAGUUGUUUAAAAUUGCAUGCCCUAUUUAAAACAUGAAAGUUUCUUUUGGACUUGACUGUCCCUUUAAGAUGGCAUGGAACGUCCUAACGUCGGGAAGAGGAAACAACGAUUAGUGGAUUGCAGAUGAGUAAUCUGUCAAUCAAUUGAAGAACAUGGUGGGCAGAGGAACGGCGCUUAUCUUUCUUGCAUUACAAGCACAGGGCAAAUAUAUCCCUUCUUUUAGGCUGGAAGCUCCCUCUAAAUCUGUUUAAAUGAGAAUGUCCCUGGCACAGAGAGUUUUGCUCACCUGGCUUUUUACUUUACUCUUUUUGAUCAUGUUGGUGUUGAAGCUGGAUGAGAAGGCCCCCUGGAGCUGGUUUAUCAUCUUUAUUCCAGUCUGGAUAUUUGACACCAUACUUAUUGUCAUGCUGAUUGUAAAGAUGGCUGGAAAGUGUAGAUCUGGAUACGAUCCUAGGAAUAAUGCGCAAAACAUGAAGAAAAAGUCGUGGUAUCUUACAGCUAUGCUACUGAAAUUGGCAUUCUGCCUAGCUCUGUGUGCCAAGCUGGAAAAGUUUGCAAAUAUGAAUUUAUAUUUUGUGUUUAUUCCAUUAUGGAUUUUGCUUAUUGGAGGACUAAUUGAACUUGGAUACAAUGUGUUCUAUGUGAGAAGAGACUAGCUCCGGUCUUGCACGCUCUGUGUAUUAUCCUCACAGAAAAUCCAACUAUAUAGUUCAUGUACACAGAUACCAGGUCACCUGGCACUUUACGUUUUACAUAUUUAACUUUUUUUUUUUUUUUUUUUUUUUUUUGGCUUUUGUAAAAUAUGUAAAUAAAUAUUAUUUAAAUGAGUUCCAUGGUAUGACUUUUACAGUUUAGUGCUGUCAAAUAACCUAUACAUACAUUUAUUUCCCAGAGAUAUAAAUGUUUAGUUUUACACACAUAGAGAAAAUGAAGGAUCCAGCAAGAGGAUUUUAAGGAGAAAAUGUAGUGUGUUUUUUUUUAAACAAAUGUAUACUAUAACCUAAUAAACAUACCUCCUCUCUGGCCCUUACAUGUUUUCUGCUUGAUUCCAUUGUAAAGAGAAUUUGCUCUAACCCAGCUGUAUGGCUUAAAUGAAAAGUAAGCACUUUGAGAUUUUUAUAUAAAAUGUUAAGUUUUGUAUAAUGAAACAACUUUGCAAUAUACUUUCAUUAUUUAUUUUGCCUCUUUUCAUGUCAUUUAGCUCUGAAAAUUGAGCAAUUUCUAAUUCCCAGAACUUGAAAUAUACCCUGCUGACUUCUCAAGGCUAAAUCUGCUACAUAUCUGUCCCUAAUUGGAUUUAUCAGAUAACUGUAAAACAGUGCAUUUUAUACUAACUUUAUGAUUAGGGCUAGCCUUGUUGUCUGCCUUAUUUGGAGGAGUCAAUCUGGGCUUUAGUCUGCAAAUAGUGGGUGGUGUUUGGCUAUUGAUAAAUAAUUGCAGUAAAUGGGAUGUUAAAGGGACUCUGAACCCAGAAUUUUUCAUUCGUGAUUCAGAUAGAGCAGUGAUUUUUAACCUUUUUUUUUGCCGUGGCACACUUUUUUACAUUAAAAAAUCCUGUGGCACACCACCAUCCCAAAAUUUUAAAAAAAUCACACGUAGCCUAAUACAGCAUAUAUAUAUAUAUAUAUAUAUAUAUAUAUAUAUAUAUAUACAUACAUAUACAUACACACAAACACACACAUACUGUAUGUAUUGUGCUGUUAUGCCAUGCCUCCUACAAACUGGACAGCACUUUGAUUGGUGGAUGAAUUUAUCCACCAAUCGGCAAGGAAAACCUAGGUCGUUCACCAAAAAUGGGCCGGCAUCAAAACUUACAUUCUUGCAUUUCAAAUAAAGAUACCAAGAGAAUAAAGAACAUUUUGAUAAUAGGAGUAAAUUAGAAAGUUGCUUAAAAUGUCAUGCUCUUUCUGAAUCACAAAAUAAAAAAUGUGGGUUCAGUGUCCCUUUAAGGUUUUAAGACUUGGUUGAUGACAGUUAUUCUAUAGCAACACAACAGAAAUCUCUUGUAAUUGCAAUGUUUUUACUGUCCCUUUUAAAAUGCAAGUGGUUUGCAUAUUUAAAGCUGUAAUAUGUUUUUCCAGUCUCCUCAAGUUUAAAGAUUUUGCAUAAUGGCACCAAAGAAGAUUCCUUUACUACUUAAAAACUGGCAAUUACACAUUUUGUUUCCAUUAAUUAGUAAUGUACGUAUGACGCUUAACGGGACAUGAAACUUAAAUUAAAACGUUCAUGGUUCAGAUAA